AUGAGCAGUAGGUUUGUUCUACAAUCUGUUAAUAAAAGAUGCUUUGGUACUAGUAUUCGAGCAUUUCAAUUUGCUAAACCUACGACUACUUAUAAAUCACCAAUAAGUUCAGUAAGAACCACUACAUCUACUAGUACUGCAAGUUCAACAAGUGGAUUUAAAAAACUCUCUGGUUAUAAUAAAAGUAUCACUGAUGUUAUGGGCAAAAAUGUCCUCGAAGACUUACCCUCUGAACCUGAUAUUGGCUUAUCUAGCAAUAUAAAUAAUAGUAUUGAUUGGUACACUUCUUGGCAUGGGCUAGGUUCCAAACCGUUCAGUAAAGAAAUUCAGGAAUCAUUAAAUGCCAAAUUACAACCUCUAGAUAUUGAAAUAAAGCCUGAUGGAUUAAUUUAUUUACCAGAAAUCAAAUAUCGUCGAAUCUUAAACAAGACUUUUGGUGCUGGUGGCUGGGGUCUUGUUCCGAGGUCAGAAACUAUUGUUACGCCUAAACUUGUCACGAGAGAGUAUGCAUUGGUCUGUCACGGCCAAAUCGUCAGUAUAGCAAGAGGUGAGCAGGACUACUUCAAUGAAACUGGGAUCCCAACUGCCACUGAAGGUUGCAAAAGUAAUGCUCUGAUGAGAUGCUGCAAAGAUCUGGGCAUAGGGUCUGAAUUAUGGGAUCCUACUUUUAUCAAAACUUUUAAGAAAGAAUAUUGUGUCGACAAGUUCGUAGAGCAUAUCGCAACCAAGAAGAAGAAGAAGAUCUGGCUGCGCAAGGACAGAAGUGUCGAAUACCCCUACAAAUAG